AUGGGCUCCGAUUACGAUACAUUCCGCCGGUUAGCCAUCGGCUCUUGCCUAACUUCCGGAUUGGCUAUUGUGAUCUUAGCGGUUGCUGCCCCUACCCUCUAUAACCAUUCGAUGACCGACUAUUACAAUAUCGAAUCCAGAGCCCUGGUCUACAAGGACCAAACCAAUCGAUUAUGGGAAGAGAUGCAGUCGCUAGGCCAAGAUGGAGCGAGAACUAAUGGCAUUAAGCUACCCAUAUUUUCACUCGCCGCCGUCGUGCCUCGUGGGCUGGAGGACCUGUUUGUGAGGGUUGUACGCAACUCAGCUGCCCACAAGGACUCCCCGGUCAGCCAGGAGACUCUGGAGAUGAUGGUAUGCCUGGUAUGCCAGGAAAUCCUGGAACUGCUGGCGAUGAUGGUAUGGAUGUGGAACUGUCACCAGAAGAUGAGAUGCCGUGCACCAUUUGUCCGGGAGGACCGCCUGGACCACGAGGCCCUCAAGGUGAACGCGGUCAGCCUGGGUACCCAGGAAUGCCAGGCAAUGAGGGAGAAAUGGGCAAUCAGGGGGUGGAUGGGAUGGCCGGGCCACCCGGAAAUCAUGGAAAGUCCGGGAAAAAAGGGACCCAGGGUCCACCUGGCAAUCCUGGCAAAACGGUCAUCGCUGGAGUCGGCAUCAAAGGGCCCAAGGGCCCGCCUGGGCCACAGGGACCGAAAGGAAAGCAAGGAACGACAGGACGGGCUGCAAAAGAAGCUGGAAAUCCCGGAAGCCCCGGUGAACCCGGUGAAGCUGGACCCCAAGGAGUUCGACUGUGGUGUUUCACAUAUUAUCGCUCCAAUGACACAUGCUGUCUUUAAUGCUGAAGCUGAGAAGCCAAAGGAUCAAUAUGCCGGGUAUUCAGUCGGCACUGGCGACGACAAAUACUCCAACCGUCAACUUUCCAACCACCCCUCCGGCGGCUAUCGGAAUCCGAUUCGUCCACUGGCAGCAGUGAACCACCAUCAAUUCCCCUGCCACCAAAACCACAUCAAA